CCUUUCAACACAUUGGCUGAUUUCCAACACGUAUUGCGGCUAUGUAAUAAAUGGAAUACACUCAAUUGAGAGUUCAUGGUAAUUGGUAUAAUGGGAAGACUUUCUUCUGCUCAAGAGUUCUAUAAUUAGGAACAAGAGGAAAUGAAUGAAACAAUUUGCUGGUUUUGAAGUUAUUUUGUUUCUCUUGAAUAAUGGGUUUACGAAUUGAGAUUUUUCUGCUGUUUAUUUCCAUCCAAUUUCUCGUUGCAACAGCGGAGACGAAUGCUCUGGACCUUGCUGCUCUGGAGGCUCUCAAAGAUGCCUGGACGAACAUACCACCGAAUUGGGGUGGGCUUGACCCAUGUGGCAGCAGUUGGGUCGGAAUUCAGUGCAAAAAUUCACGCAUCACAUCCAUAAUAUUACCGAGCAUGGGUUUGAGUGGUCAGCUGACCGGGGACAUUGCACAGUUGUCAGAAUUACAGAUGCUGGAUCUCUCAUACAACAACGGUUUGACAGGACCUCUUAUUCCAUCAAUUGGAAGUUUGACGAAGUUAACAUACCUAGCCCUGGUCGGUUGCGGCUUCAGUGGUCCCAUUCCAGACACGAUAGGGUCCCUGCAGCAGCUGAGCUAUCUGGAUCUUAAUUCCAACAGCUUCAGUGGGAGUAUACCUCCUUCAAUUGGCAACCUAUCAAAUGUCUAUUGGCUGGAUCUGUGGAAUAAUUCCCUUUCUGGGAAUAUUCCCGUCUCUAGUGGGACAACACCUGGUUUGGAUAUGCUGGUUAAUGCGAAGCACUUUCAUUUUGGAAACAAUCAGCUCUCUGGUGCAAUCCCAUCUAGUCUUUUUAGUUCAAGCAUGACGCUAAUACAUGUAAUUUUUGAAAACAACCAGCUUAAUGGAAGCAUCCCUUCGACGCUAGCACUGGUCCAAACGCUGGAGGUGGUGCGUCUCGAUGGGAACUCGUUAACUGGAUCUGUCCCGUCACAGUUCAGCAAUCUCACAAAUGUCAAUGUGCUGUACUUGUCAAACAAUCAACUGAGUGGUCCCUUUCCCAAUCUUUCAACUAUGAAUUAUCUCGACUACGUAGAUUUGAGCAAUAAUACAUUUGACGCAUCAAUUUUUCCUUCAUGGUUGUCAAACUUACCGUCUUUGACAACAAUUGUGAUGGAGAACACAAGACUUUAUGGUUUACUUCCGAGCGCGCUCUUCAACCUUCCUCAGUUACAGACUGUUUCAUUGAGUAACAACCAGCUUAAUGGCACUUUGGAUGUUCGCUCCAGCUAUGGCAACCAACUGGAACUUGUAGAUCUUCAGAACAAUUCAAUAUCUGAUUUUAUUUUUGCAGAGAGAGUGGGAACCACUGUCGAGUUCAUACUUGUAGGAAAUCCAGCUUGCACGGGAACAGGAGGGACAAACACAUACUGUGCCAUUCCACCGUCCAACUCAUCCUCAUAUUCCACCCCACCUAACAACUGUAUCCGUCAUAUGUGCAGUUCAAAUGAAGUUUCUAGCCCCAACUGUAGAUGUGCAUAUCCAUACACAGGAACCCUAAUCUUCAGAGCUCCUUCCUUCUCGGACCUCGGAAACUCAACUAUCUAUACAACUCUUGAGAGUUCUCUGAUGGAUUGUUUCCAGUCCAAUCAACUUCCUGUGGAUUCAGUUUCUCUGAGUAGUCCGACCAAAAAUACAGAUAACAACCUUUUGAUAAGCCUAGAAGUGUUUCCGUAUGGCCAAGAUCGUUUCAAUCGAACAGGAAUUUCUGGGAUUGCAUUUGUCUUCAGCAACCACACUUUUAAGUCUCCCGACACUUAUGGACCCUAUUCUUUCAGAGCCUAUGACUACUUUGAAGAAGGAAACAAAUCGUCAAAUCGAGGGGUUAUUACUGGAGCGGCAGUUGGCUGUUCUGUUGUUCUUCUAUUGGCUCUCCUUGCAGGAUUUUAUGCUUUCCGUCAAAAGAGAAGAGCUGAAAAGGCUGCUAGAGUGAACAAUCCUUUUGCUUCUUGGAACCCAAAUACAACCAGCGGUGGUGUUCCUCUGUUACAAGGAACUAAGUGUUUCUCAUAUGAUGAGCUUAAGAAAUACACAAACAAUUUUGCAGAAGCCAACAGAAUUGGAUCCGGUGGAUAUGGGAAGGUGUAUAGAGGAACUCUUCCCAAUGGGCAAUUGGUUGCCAUUAAAAGGGCUCAACGAGGAUCUCUGCAGGGUGGUCUGGAAUUCAAAACGGAGAUUGAGCUCCUAUCCAGGGUACACCAUAAGAAUGUUGUUGGCCUUACGGGUUUCUGUUUCGAACGAACCGAAGAGAUGUUGGUGUACGAGUAUAUUGCAAAUGGUACAGUCCAUGAGAGUCUUUCAGGGAAGACAGGAAUUAGGUUGGAUUGGAUGAGGCGGCUUCGAAUAGCCCUUGGAGCAGCAAGAGGCUUGCAAUAUCUCCAUGAGCUUGCCAACCCUCCAAUCAUACAUAGGGACAUCAAAUCAAGCAAUAUCUUACUGGAUGAAAGCUUGAAUGCAAAAGUCUCUGAUUUCGGUCUCUCCAAGCCAAUGGGUGAUGCAGAAAAGAGCCAUAUUAGCACUCAAGUCAAGGGGACAAUGGGCUACAUGGAUCCAGAGUAUUACAUGACCCAACAGUUGACUGAGAAGAGCGACGUAUAUAGCUUUGGAGUGGUACUGCUAGAGCUUGUAACCGCAAGACAGCCGAUCGAGAAAGGCAAAUAUAUUGUAAGAGAGGUGAGGCAGAGAAUGAAAAGAGAUCAAGUCCUAUACAGUCUUGACGAGAUUCUUGACCCUGUCAUUUUGGCCCCCACACCGAAGGGUUUAGAGCAGUUUGUGGAUCUUGCAAUGAGGUGUGUUGAAGAAGAGGGAGCUCAGAGGCCUGCAAUGGGUGCUGUGGUGAAAGAGAUUGAAAACGUUAUGCAAAUUGCUGGUCUGAACCCAAAUGCUGAUUCGACAUCCACAUCUGCUACUCAUGAAGGGGAUGGUAAGGGGUAUAACCAUCCUUACACCGAUGACAGCCUCUUUGUCUCUUAUAGUGGGACCUUUCCACUUAUAUCAAAUUAGGGCCCGUGAGGGUUUUUGUUUUUGUUUUCGCUUCGAUAUCUGUGUAUAUAGCAUGUGACUUGGUUUCAACCUUGUGAUGUUUCUAACCCUAUGGGGGAGUACCUAACUACGAAUUUGUAGGAUACUUGGCUCUUUUUCACUUUUAUUGAGAGUUUGAACUUCUGUAACAGAGACAAAAUCAGAAUACUCAGAAUAUAGACUACAAACUAUUUGUGAUUUUUGUGUAAAUUAAGCUACUACUACCUGUUAUACUUAAAUUUCACCGU